UCUUCGAUCGAAGCUUGCAAUUGCGUGAAGCGCAUGCGCAGGGUGGUAGCCACGGCUCCUUAGAAAUGGGAAGGCCCGAGGACGCCUACUCCAGUAUCCUUGGCCACGGCGAGGCUACGCCACCGUUCGGCCAGUCCCCGCCGCUCUCGGGCGCGUCGUCUCCCUCGCCCCUGCUUCUACCGGCCAACGCCCAGAGGAGCUCCGCGGGAAGGAGGAGGCACGGCAUCGCCAGGCUUAUCUGUUCGCCCUUCGCUGCCGUCCUCAGAUCAAGGGCGUGCGCGCGUGCCAGUGCAACUACAGACGACAACCAGUCGACGAAAAGGCCAAGCCUACAGGACCUCCUGAGAAUGGAUGCGCCGUCCAAUCUCGACCUCAAGCAGCCCAGCGAGCCAGACAUGGCCGACCCGUUCGACGACUCCAGCUGGAAAGAUAGCGCCAUCGUAGUGUUUGAUUUCGGCGAGGACGACGACACGAGUCGAGCCGAAGACGAAGACGAGGAGGAGGAGGCGCCGCCAUUUGCCAUCACCAAAGAUCAGCACGGCGCCGUUCCUGGUUACGAGCAGCAGAUGGUGAUCGUGCCUGCGGAGGAGUUCGACCAUGGUGGCCCGGUGGCAGGGAUCGGUGCUGCAGGUGCCACCGUGCCGGCUCCCACUGUGCUGAUGAACCUGGAGAGGCUCGUGCUCGUUCUUGCGGCGCUGCGCGCGCGCUCCAGGGCCCUGAAGGGCUCCUACGGUAGGCUGGCUGGUCGCCAUCCUGGCGUUGAUGCUGACAAGGCGGAAAUGUUCUAUGAUCGGCCCAUUCCGUUGGGGCGGCGGUGCAGGCUGCAGCACCUGGAGGAGACCCCUUACUUCUGAUUGUGGUUUAUUGAGGGGCAGUAAUGUUUUUUUCACUAUCGAACUAGUAUAUGUGGAUGACCUACUUUAACUUUUGCUGUAAAGUGGAAACGGAGAACCUUGAUCGGUUUCCUGGCAAUAUAUGAUCAUAAAAAGAGAUGUACCCUACAUGUACUAUUAUUAUAGAAAUUUGAAUUUCAAAUUAUUUGUUA